UUCUCAUAAUAACCGCACAGAGAGCGGGAUCAUUAGACAGAUGUGCAGCCAGACAGAGCACAAUCAACAGUUAUUGGGCAGGGAGUGAGGUAAUUUCCAGCGGGCUUUGCCCACAGCCAGCGCUGGGGCCCGGCCAGGAUGACGGAUGAGCCGCUCCGUUCCAUUUAAGUCCUCUCAUCUCUCGCCUAAUUGCAAUUGCGGAGUAAGGCGCUCAUAAAUAUCGGAGCGGCGGCCCCCUCGGAGAGCACCCCCCGGGCGCUGCCGACGGCUCUCGGAGGCUUUCGCUCCACUCUCCCCCACCUUCGGCAGCACGUGCCCCGGGGACACAAGUCGAGGGGGCCUCUCUGGGAAAGUUCCCCCCUCCAAGCUCGUGCAGGCUGGGGGAGACGCCGACAGGAUAACUCGCUUGUGCUAAGCGGCAGAAGAGGGGCGGGUUCGGAGCUUCAGCACCGAGGACAGCUCCUGGGUGAGCUCACUCGUGCUUCCCUUCAGCCCGAGCCGAGAGCUGCGUCCUCCGGCUCGCGUCCACAAUGGAUCGGUCCCUCUUGGGCUCUGCGGUCCUCCUCUUCCUGCUUUUGGCAGCACACCGGGAGUUCAGCGUGGCUGCCCGGGAACCUCCGGACUUCCCGCUCAAGCACUCGUACCAGGCACACGAAAAGGAACUGCUAGAAGAACUGCAGGAGGUGCUGGAAAAGCUGCAGCAUAAGAAGGUCUCCACUUGGGAGAAGAAAUUCAACCAAGUUCCCAAGUGCUCCUUUGGCGACUUCUGUGCCGUGAGGAAAGGGGCCCGGAUCGGCAGGCUCUGCGACUGCCCCCGUGGAUCUGCCUGCAACACCUUCCUCCUCAAGUGCUUGUGAGGCCGCAGGAUGUGCCCACCCACCCGGGACGCUCCUCGGACUCCAUCCCCUCCCCGCAAGGUGUCUUCACCCUCCUGCUUUCUGCUUUGCUGCGACGCAUCAGCCCGGGGAGGCGAGAGGUUAUUUGGGAAAUGGGGCAGGGCCCCCCUGGCACCCCGGAACCCAACCUUGGAACACAGAAAGUAAUAAAGAGAGCUUCUGAGCA